AUGACCCGCGGUAACCAGCGUGAAAAUGAUCGGGCGAAGGCCCUAAAGAAGGCCGGCAAUUCGGCCAAGAAGAACACCCAGACCGGUACCCAGUUCAAAAAGGGCCAGGAAGAUGUUGCUGCUACCAUGCGUGAGAAGCAGAGGAAAGCCGAUGAGAAACGAGCAGCAGAGGCGAAACGAGCAGCCGAUGAGAAACGAGCACUCGAGGAACAAAAAGCAGCAGAUAAGAAACGAGCAGCCGAGGAGAAACGGGCAGCUGAGGAGAAACGGGCCGCCGAGCAGAAACGGGCCGCCGAGGCACAAUGA